UUCAGCAUGUGGUCACAGCUCGUCUCCAUUGCAUUGGCACUCUGCUCGCUCAGCUUGGUCACUGCCCAGCGCUGUGUGGAUCAGGUGCACCACGAGCAGCCAGCACUAAACGGACGUGUCGACUAUGCUGCCUGCGGCCGAUCUGUGUGCGCCACCGACGGCUACUGCUAUCGUUUGUUCCACAACAUUUGCUACCUGAACGCUUACAAUGUGCGUUUGCUGUUCGCUGGCCAACGGGCACUUGUGCAGGCUGACAUACGGCAUUGCUUGCCAGAGCCAAGGUGGCUCGACUACAACACACCCUACGAUCCACGAUUGCUGGCUAGCCCUUAUGUGAAUGCCAACAAAGGCUAUGCAGGUGCCUACGAAACACCCUAUUUAUAUGAAUCCGUCGAUCCAGAGCCAAGCUACUCCAGAUCAUAUGAUCCCUAUCUCUACUACAAGGCACAGGACACAUAUUCGCCGACCAACGGCUUUUAUUAUAGGAAUAUGCGUGAAUAUUUGACUCAACGUCAGCCGAAGCCAUCGACUUCAUACAGGAAACCUAAAGCGAAAUGCUCAACAACAGCAUCACCAAUAACUGCAUCCACAACAACAGUAUCCACUACACCAAUACCUACAACAACAGCAUCCACAGCCGCAUUAUCCACAUUAGCAGCAUCCACAACAACAGCUUCUACAACAACACCAUCUACAACAUCCACAACAACAGCUUCUACAACAACACCAUCUACAACAUCUACAACCACAGCUUCUACAACAACACCAUCUACAACAUCCACAACAACAGCUUCUACAACAACACAAUCUACAACAACCACAGCAAUAGCUUCUACAACAACUCCAUCUACAACAUCCACAGCAAUAGCUUCUACAACAACAGCUUCUACAACAACACCAUCUACAACAACCACAACAACAACUUCUACAACAUCCACUACGCCAGAAUCUACAACAACAGCUUCCACAACAACAGUUUCUACAACUGCUUCCACAACAAUACCUUCCACAACAAUACCUUCCACAACAACACCUUCCACAACAACGCCAUCCACAACAACAGUACCCACAACAACAGCAUCGACAACACCAUCCACCACAAUAACAUCCACGCCACCAACUACAGUAACUGUAGACUUAUUAGGAUCUGCAGCAGAUGUUGCACAGUCCUCAACACUAUCCACAACGCAUUCGCCAACUAUUUCAAGCACGACGCAAUCAACAACUACAACAACAGCAACGAGCCCACAAACCACAUCGCCGUCCAGCUCGUCAGUUACAGCAGUGUCCACAUCGAGCACCCCUCCGGCUACAACAGCAUCUACCGCAGCACCCACAACCGCCAGCAUCGACUUGGAUGACAACACUCUGGUUUCUCUGGUCUUCACAAUGCCCAAUGGCCGGGUCUUUAGACUCUCUAUGGCCUCGCAGAUAACCAACCCAACAACGGGCAAUAAGACAUGCGCCGAGGAGACGCAGUUAGAGCUGCGAUAUAGGGGCCUAUCGGAGCCGCUGAAGUUCACUGGAUGUCUCUACAACAACUCGACACGAAAUGGAACGAACUAUAGCACCACAACCACUAGCAGACCAACGCCUAAGCCAUACUACAGUCCAAGCAGAUUGAUUGACUAUAGACCCGUUGGCUACCUAUAUAGCAUUACUUAUGGCUCUGCUUAUGAGGCCCCCUACGGAUCCGGUCCUGUACCUCAAUAUAGAGCGGGCCCUGGACCCCGCCAUGGUAAUACUAGGCUUAAAGUUCAUGCCAGCGCCUCCGCUUCAGCAAAUGUCCCAUAUUAUGACUAAUAUCAAUAUCUAUGACCCACCUCAAUGGUACUCGACCCCAUUAUAAUCAAUAAGACUUACUAUUUGUACACCAUGCAUAUACUACAUAUAUAUAAAUAAAUAAAUAAAUAUAUUUUUGAUACCUAA